CAAUCUCAUUCUUCUUCUUCUUCAACUCGCGAGAGAGUUAACAAUCUCUCUCUCUCUCUCUCUCUCUCUCUGAACAACAAUGCCAGCCCAGAAGCGUUCCUUACCUGAGUUCAUGGACGAUGAAGAAACUUCACAGCUUGUUCACCAUUCUCGCCAUGUCAAACAUCAACAGAACAACCGCGACCCACUCUUCAUCGACCAACAACAACAACAGCACCAAGUCGAAGAAGAUGAAGAAGAAGAAGAAGAUGAUGAUGAUGAUGAUCAGCAAGAGCACGAUGAGGAAGAAGAUGAGCAAGGAGAAGAAGAGGAAGAUGAAGAAGAGGCUGAAGAUGAUGAUGGUGGUGAUGAAGAUGAGCAGCACAAUAACGAUGACAAAGAAAAAUCACAGGAUUCCGAUGAAGACCCAUCUUCUGAUGAUGAAGAAAAGCCUGAAUAUGUGUACAUAGAACUUGCGAAUAUUCGUAAAGAUGUCCAAUGUCCAAUUUGCCUCGGUAUUAUUAAGAAAACAAGAACUGUUAUGGAAUGCUUGCACCGCUUUUGCAGGGAAUGCAUUGACAAAUCAAUGCGGCUGGGGAACAAUGAAUGUCCUGCUUGCCGCACACACUGCGCCAGCCGUCGCUCCUUGAGAGAUGAUCCAAACUAUGAUGCCCUUAUUGCUGUUUUAUAUCCAAAUAUUGAGAAGUAUGAGGAAGAGGAGCUUGAAUUUCGUGAAGAGGAGAAGAACCGAAAUAAGCAGAUUCAAGCUUCAAUAGCAAAAGUAUUUCAACGGCAAUCUGAAGCACUAGGCAAGAAACGUAAAGAUACACCAGGUUCAAGUUCAUUUGUGACAAGAUCACAGCGUAAUCAAAGAAACCUUCAGUCUAGGAGACAAAAUCAAACGACUGAUGUUCAAGGAUCUGAAAAUGACGAAAAUGGCAAUAAUGACAGAGACUCGUCUUCUGGCGAUGAGCGCGGCACAGAACACCGACAGAGAAAACGAAAGAGAUGGACCAGGGUUCGCCCCUCUCAGCCCUCAUCAUCACUGGCAAGUCCUGAUGGUGGAAGCGUAGAAAGUGAUACGGAUAUAAAUAGAGAAAAUCGAGGAACUUCAAGGCAGGUGACAAAACCUAGAAAGCUUACUUGGGGUAGGGGUGGUUUUCGGAGCAACACGAGAUAUGGAAGUGGUGGUGGUAGUAACAGCAAAAAUUCCCGCAGUGGUCGAAUGUCUAAGUUGGUUGACCAUCUCAAAAACUUGGAUGAAAACACUGCUGAGUUUGAAGUUCAUCUCAUGUUUAUUUCUCCGGACAAAGAAACUACACCAAGUUUGGAGAAGCUUCACCUGAGUUGCCGACCAACUUUGUCUGUCAAGAACCUUUAUGAAUAUGUUGCUAGUCAGACACCUUUGAAAGCUGAAGAAGUUGAGAUACUGGCAGUUAAAGGAUGCAGCGGUGUAAAUUGUGACAAGUCAACUGAUGAGAAUUCACUCCCGGAUUGUGAUGAGCUAACAUCACUGGUUAUAGAUCCACAAAAAGAUGAACUAGAAGUUUUGCAAGCUCAUGAAACUGUGGCAGAGAUUAGAUCCAAAAGCAUAUCUAAAAGGGGCCAUUUGAUUCUGGCAUACAAGAGGAAGGUCUAGGAGGGCAUUAUAGUAUUUGGUUUGGUUGGCAGGUGUUUGAGAUGGACAACAAUGGAAUGAACUUCUUGUGUGUGUACAGAAAAUACAAAAGACCAGUUGCCUCAAGUCUUUUUUCCUAGUUGCACCUCAUAAUAGUGAAUAAAGUUAUUCUAUAGUAUACUAAAUACCAUAAGUUAUCCUACCAUUGUGAUAUGCUCAAUAAGUUUUAGAGAUAUAUACUUCCUAAAAUAUUGGUUAUAAUUUCAGUUUCAUAGAAUUUUUAGUGUUAAUUAUCAGAUGAAGUUUAAGUGUUUCAAAAUUGGUGUUUUGAAUGUAUGAUGGAUUGUAACUUUUUUUGGUAAACCAAAUGUAUCUUCCGCGCAACUGCGGUAAUUGAGAUUCA